AUGGCGACAGCAACAACCGCAGACUUCGCUCCCAAAAGCCCUCCCGCUCCUUCUCUUACAGUCAAAAGCAAGGAAGCACUCAUGGACGCUAUAGAAGAUGUCAUAUAUGGAUCCAUCGCUGGCGUAGCAGGGAAAUACAUCGAAUACCCCUUCGACACCGUGAAAGUGCGUCUCCAAUCGCAACCUGACGUCCUUCCCCUACGGUACACCGGCCCCCUCGACUGUUUCCGCCAAUCCAUCCGUUCGGACGGCUUUCUAGGACUCUACCGCGGCAUCUCCGCCCCUCUCGUCGGUGCCGCGCUGGAAACAUCCUCUUUAUUCUUCUGGGAGCGCGUCGGUCGAGAACUCCUCUUCACAGCCAACCUCUACUCCCGCCAACAACCUCUUCCACUCUCCGCUUUAUGGCUUACGGGAGCUAUCUCUGGUGCAUUUACAAGUUUAGUACUCACACCCGUCGAACUGGUGAAAUGCAAAAUCCAAGUCCCAGCCUCCGCCCCAGGGACAGUAGCAGUAGCACCACGCCCACUAGCCGUAAUCAAAGAAGUAUUCCGGCACCAAGGCCUUCGAGGCUUCUGGCACGGACAGCUAGGAACCCUGAUCCGGGAAACAGGAGGAUGCGCCGCCUGGUUCGGAUCGAAGGAAACCGUAUCCCAGCUCUUCCGGCAUUGGAACUCGCGAUCCACUCCACUCACCCUUCAAUCUUCGCCCUCCACCUCCACCUCCAUCCCCAGCCCCCAAAACCUCCCCACAACGCAAUCCUCCCCAGACCUCGCCCCUCUCCCACUCUACCAGCAAGCCCUAGCAGGCGCCUCCGCAGGAAUGUCCUACAACUUCCUCUUCUUCCCGGCAGACACCAUCAAAUCACGCAUGCAGACCGUAGCCGCAAAUUCGACAGCUCCUCAGGUCAGGUUCUGGGACGAAGGGAGGGCGAUCUGGAGGGCGUAUGGGGUGAGGGGGUUGUAUCGCGGGUGCGGGAUCACGGUUGCGAGGAGCGUUCCCAGUUCGGCGUUGAUUUUUGUCGUUUUUGAUGCGUUGAAGGGGGGCUUGCAUCUGUCUUGA